AUGCAGAUCCCACAGUCUCUGUGCAAUGAGCCCUGUGCCCCAGGAUACAGGAAAGCUAAAAUAGAAGGGAAGCCAUCUUGUUGCUAUGGCUGUGUCAGGUGCGCAGAUGGGGAAAUGUCCAACUCAACAGAUGCUUUGAUCUGCUUGAAAUGCCCUGCGUAUGAGAUGCCGGAUAGAAAAAGAACUGUCUGCAUCCCAAAAGCUACAAACUAUCUUUCCUAUACAGACACCAUGGGGACCAGUUUAACUGCCAUUGCCUUCAUCCUCUUCAUCACAGCUUCUGUAGUUUUGGGAAUCUUUGUGAAAUAUUGGGAGACUCCUAUUGUGAGAGCCAAUAACCAAAAUCUCAGCUGUCUCCUCCUCAUCUCUCUCAUGUUGUGUUUCCUCUGUACUUUAUUAUUCAUUGGGCGCCCAACACAGAUAUGUUGUCUCCUCCGACAAGUAACAUUUGGGGUUGUAUUUACUAUUUCUGUUUCUUCUGUGUUGGCUAAAACUCUCACAGUUAUUAUUGCCUUCAAUGCCACAAAGCCUGGGAGCAAGCUGAAGAAGUAUGUAGGAACCCAACUGGCCAUCAUAUUAGUCAUUGUAUGUUCUUUUGAAGAGAUGUUAAUCUCAACUGUGUGGAUGGCCUCCAAUCCCCCAUUCCUGGAAGCUGAUAUGUUUUCUGAAAUGGACACAAUUGUUUUGCUUUGUAAUGAGGGAUCAGUCACUUUCUUCUUCUGUAUAAUUGGAUAUAUAGGAACGUUGGCCCUACUGAGUUUCAUUGCUGCAUUUCUAGCCAAGGAUUUCCCUGACCGAUUUAAUGAGGCUAAAAACAUCACUUUCAGUAUGUUGGGGUUCUGUAGCGUGUGGGGGGCAUUUGUCCCUGCAUACCUGAGCAGUAAGGGCAGCAGAAUGGUGGCAGUUGAGAUAUUUGCCAUCUUAUCCUCCAGUGCUGGGUUAUUGGGCUGUAUAUUUGCCCCUAAGUGUUACAUUAUUUAUCUUAGACCUGAACUGAAUUCAAGAAAAACCACUAUCAGAAAAUAA